AGCAAAUGUGCAGCAGCACCGUCACCAAAACCAGCAUCAGUCAAAUAGCAACAGUCUGUAUACUAAAGUCGAGAAGAUCACAGACCGAGAUAUCGUCGUGAAAAAUUAGAAAACGCGAUUUGAACGAUAACAAUUAUUAUAAAAUAACACAUUGUCAUAACGCGAGAAAAUCAAUUGCAUAAAUUAUUGGCUAAAACUUCGUCGUGGCAAAAAGAAAUUGAGCAAUAAUUGUAUAAAAAUAUCAAACUCAAAGUUUGAAUGAAAAUUGUCGAUUUGUGGCUCGAAAAAAAAAACAGAUUCAAAAUUACAAAUUUUUUUCAAACUUCGUUGUUAUAUAAUCUAUUUUUCGCCGCAAGUUAUCGUAUAAUAAUUUUGCGAAAUAUCAUCGUGAUGAUUCCGUCGUGGAGAAUUUGCUGCGCCGGAAUACCGCAGAGAUGGGUUUUUGCAGUGAUGGGAUUUUUGGCGGUUACGAACGCAUACACGAUGCGAAUUUGCCUAUCACUCGCCAUAACCGAAAUGGUUAGUACGUCCGCAACCUCGGCGAAUGAUACCAGUCUUGACGAUACUUGUCCAGAUCUCGAUUCUAGCACAUCGAGUAACAGCAGCAGCAGCAGCGGUACUUUCGAGUGGAGCGAAUAUACACAGGGUAUAAUCCUGUCCUCGUUCUUCUGGGGCUACAUAAUAACUCAGCUACCCGGUGGAGUGCUGGCCGACAAAUUCGGGGGCAAGUACACCCUGGGCCUGGGGAUAUUUUCGACAGCUGUUUUUACCCUCCUGACGCCGGUGGUGGUGGAGACCUUCGACGCGACGGGCCUGAUUGUCCUACGAUUUCUGAUGGGCCUUGGCGAGGGCACGACUUUCCCGGCUGUGAACGUCCUGAUAGCCCAAUGGGCGCCGCCGCACGAACGUUCGAAAAUUGGGACCGUCGUUAUGACGGGAGCGCAGGUUGGAACGGUGCUGGGAACAGCGCUGUCAGGGAUUUUGAUACGAUACUCGUCUCUGGGCUGGCCGACGGUCUUCUACGUCUUCGGGGGCUUCGGCGUGCUCUGGUUCUUCGUCUGGCUCUUUCUCUGCUACAGCACGCCCGCUACGCAUCCCUUCAUUACCGACCGAGAGAAGCACUACCUCCACGAGACUAUGAACGAGCACACGCACAAGCGCGGAGGCCCGACGCCGUGGGCCCGUAUUCUACGUUCGGGUCCGCUGUGGGCCUUGGUCGCCGGUAAGGUAGGGCACGACUGGGGCUUCUACACGAUGGUUACCGACCUACCGCUCUACAUGAGCAACGUCCUGAAGUUCUCGAUACAGGCGAACGGGUUCCUAUCGGCUCUGCCGUACGUCGUCAUGUGGAUAGCUAGCAUCGCCUCGUCGUGGCUCGCCGACUGGCUCAUUAAACGUGAGAAAAUCGGCAUAACGAACGUGCGAAAGAUAUGCACGACCAUAGCAUCGGUCGGGCCCGCCAUUUUCAUAAUCGCCGCAUCGUACGCCGGCUGCGACCGCACCGUCGUCGUAGUUCUCUUCACCCUCGGCAUGGGUCUGAUGGGCCCGUUCUACCCCGGCAUGAUGGUAAACGCCAUAGACCUCAGUCCCAACUAUUCGGGGACCCUGAUGGCAAUCGUAAACGGAAUCGGCGCGAUUGCGGGAAUCCUCGCCCCCUAUGCCGUCGGUGUACUGACGCCUAAUCAGACCGUCGGCGAGUGGAGGGUCGUCUUUUGGAUAACUUUUGUCGUAUUUUUCGUAUCAAAUUUAGUAUUCGACAUUUGGGCAGACGGCGAGGUUCAACCGUGGAACGAUCCUACGGAGGAAAUUGAACGACAGGCGAGGAAGGAGAUCGAGAGUAAAAAUGAACAGGGUGUCGCUAAUUACGGUCAGACGAGAAACAACGGCGACGUCGUUACGUGAACAACGGCAUUUUGUCGAUCAUUUUUAUAUUUUCCUUAAACUCGCUAAAAUAACGAAUAAACCAUCAUCGUCGUCGUUAAUAUGAUUUAAGUUAUUCAAACUUUUUUUUUUUUUUGUUUUUUUUUUUAACUCAUCGCAAGAACGCAUCAACCGCUUAGCCAUUUAUACAUGAUAAUAGACAUACGUAAUUAUAUUGUGCUCGCAUCCGUUAUACAUACUAGUCACUUAUACUGGAAUAAUUUUCGUCAUGUUUCCAAUUUCAUCUAUAUGUUUGCAUGAUAAUCAUUAAAUGCCGUACUUGUUGUACUUCUCGGUUUUCCAACUUUCGUUCCCGAUUAAACUGAUCGGUUGGUUAGGAAAACUGGCCAAUUUUUGGCGGACUGCAAUUAUGAAGAAAAAAAAAAAAAUUAACGAAAUGAAAUGAAACAAUUUAUAAAGAAUGAUUAUUAGAAUCCGAUAUUCACGGUUAUACGGUUUUCGACGUACUCAGUUUAGUACGAUUACUAGACAGAAAUGAUAAAAUACUACGGAAAAUGUCGGGAAAUCGUAUUUUGGAAAAAAAGAAAUUAAGUUGAAAAUGAAUGAAAAUUACUAUGUAAGAUUGUUAUAUCUAAUAUUCUCUGAGUGUAUUUUUUCUAAUUCCGAAUCGAUUGAUUUAUCGGGUUGUAUGUGAAACGAAAAAGUUAAACUAAGAGAAAA